CCCCGCCGAGAUCACCCCACUUUUCGUCAUCAUCGAUCUUCUGGAGAGAAGAUCAGCAUAUCAUCUCCACCAUCGAACCUUUUCCUUCUUUCUUUUUCUCCUUCUCAACCUCCCACCAAUUCUCACAACACCCCCUCCCAUCCUCCAAGACCUCCAACUACCAACACCACCCAAACAUCUCCAAUACCACCAAAAUGCCCGUCGAAGUGAUCGCCAGCAAAAAAGACUUCCUCGAGAAGAUCCUCGACUCCGACGCCGGCCCCAUCGUCCUCGAUGCCUGGGCCGAAUGGUGCGGCCCCUGCAAAGCCAUCGCCCCCAAAGUCGAAGAAUUCAGUUAUAACUACCCAGGAGCCAAAUUCUACAAGGUCAACGUAGACGAUGUGCCCGACGUCGCCCAGGAACUUGGCAUCCGGGCCAUGCCCACCUUCCUGUUCUUCAAUAAGGGGGAGAAGAUCACCGAGGUGGUUGGUGCGAACCCGCACGCGAUCGAGAUCGCCGUCCAGGCUCUCGUUGCGGCUUGAGAGGUUGGGGCUCGGAUUAGGGAAUGGGUCGGUGGUUUGAUGCUAUCCGCCGCUUGGAUGUCGUGAUGAGAAG